CUGGGGUGGGAGGCAGCAUGCAGCUGUCGCGCAGCGAGCAUCUUGCCUCGUCUCCCGCCAGAUCCACCGCCAGCCUGGACGAGUGGUUUACCAUUACUCGCGAGGAUCUGGCGGUCGCUGCUGUCGACAACAGCUCGGAUUGGGACGGCGACUUUCAGCUCGUCGCCCUCCCGCCUGACGCUGAAGACGCUUUCGUUUUCGACCAGCCCCGCGGUGAAGAAAUCCCUAUCCUCGCUGACCAGGAGACCGAGAAGGGGAGGGCACACACCCCUCCAACCCGACCCGAUAUCAGCACCGUCGCUUUCGAGCCGACAACCGACGUGUUGAACGCCCCGUCAAUACUCCCUGCCUCCCGCGUGGUCCUCAUCAACGACCGCGUAACCCCCGCACCCGGCUUCAACACCUUGGCGGCACUGGCCUUUGACGACCGCUGGAUCGGCCGCGACGCCAAGGUCACGCGCAGCGCCAAAAACUGGUGGGCAUGUGGCUGCUGCAGGCGCCGCCCUCGCGGACCAGACUCGUACCCUCUUGCCGACGUCGUAUUCCUCCAGCGCCGCGUAGUGGCAGUCGGUCGCGGGCAGCGCCGCUCAUCCGCCUUCCCGCCCCCGCUCAUGAUUGCCCGCAUUGUUGAUGCCGCCGAGGAGCUCGCUUACCGUCUCGUGCGUGAAGCUGUUCGCGGGGCCCAUGAGCGUACCACCGGCACGGCGAUCGCCCUGUUGUAAGCAGUCUUGAACUGUCAAGCCCCGAAGCAAGGGGUGGAAGCGCGGGGAAAUUGAGAUAGCCAAGGGAGCAAAACUCGACACCUAUGUACCUCUUUACAUCUUACUGACAUAUUGGAUGCACCUCAUGGAAAGGA